CAAAAAUAUCUCCCACUCAUUUAAGCAAAAUUUAUUUUUUAUUCAUUUUAUAUACUCUCGUCCUCUUUAAAAACCCUACCCCCUCACCGCUGCAGAAGUGAGUAGCGAAGCGCCGCAGCUGGUGGACUCGGUAGCCCAAGCCCUAUUCUAAACUAAAGUUGCAGGAUGACCUUGAUAUAGCAGAGAAAGAGCUUAGAUUUUGUGCUUCUAAUGGCGGUUUCAUCCUUGCACUGUGUUCAAUCUCUUGGGUUUUCCUCAAGAGGCCGUGCAUUCUUCCCUGUUGGUGAUUGCAGCAGAGACAAUGCCAGGAAGAGCAAGAACUGUCUAGUUUUUGCUUCUGGGAAGAAAUCUGAUAGAGAUCUGUGCCUUGAAUCCAGGGUUGAGACAUUGUUAGACAGUGUAAAAUGGGACGACAAAGGUUUGGCAGUGGCUAUAGCUCAAAAUAUUGACACAGGAGCCAUAUUAAUGCAAGGGUUUGUGAACAGGGAUGCACUAGCUACAACCAUUUCAUCUCGAAAGGCAACAUUUUACAGUCGGUCACGGUCAUCGUUGUGGACAAAGGGGGAAACCUCCAAGAAUUUCAUCAAUAUCCAUGACAUCUUUCUUGAUUGUGAUUGCGACUCUAUUAUUUACCUUGGGAAACCUGAUGGGCCUACCUGCCACACUGGAUCGGAAACUUGCUAUUAUACAUCAGUGAAUGAUGUUCUAGAACAGAAGCAGACUGAGGGCAGUAGACUGGCAUUGACAACUUUGUAUUCAUUAGAGUCCACAAUUUCCCAGCGCAAAGCAGAAUUAGCAGCGCCGGAACAUGGAAAACCCUCCUGGACUAAACGGCUACUGCUCGAUAACAACUUGCUUUGCUCAAAAAUUAGGGAAGAGGCAGAUGAGUUGUGCAGAACGAUAGAGGAGAAUGAGCACAGUACACGAACUGCCUCAGAGAUGGGAGAUGUUCUAUAUCAUGCCAUGGUUUUGCUGGCACUUAAAGACGUGAAAAUGGAAGAUGUGCUAGAUGUUCUUCGAUGCAGAUUUACUCAAUCGGGUAUUGAGGAGAAGAAGAGUCGCGGGCAACAAAACUAGCAUAAAACUGUAUACACAAUCUCCUUAAUGGUAAUGAAUUCGAGCAGUGUCCCAGUGAAUCCUAGCUGUGGACUUGUGGUUGCCCUUUACAGUAUCAGCUGCAGCAUUGUAACAACAGGCAAUCUUGAGCUGGCCUGUUAAUCUGAAGCUCAGAAACUCCACUGUGCUUCGGCUUGAAAAGCUGAAUGGAGGGACAUGAUUAUUUCACUGUGUAUGACACAGUUUUGCUAAAGCAUGUGGAAUGGCUCUUAUGAGCCUUCGAAAUGAAUAAAAAAUACUGAACUGAAUUGUCAAAA